AUGGAAGGAACACCUACGAAGCAAACCAUCCAGGCGUCGUUCCCCGGUGCGUCAACACGACAAACGUAUGCGACGUACCAAAAGCACUUCGAAGCAUUUUGUGCAACCCACAAGCAAGGGGCGGACCCAGUGACCGCUUCCACAGAGGACUGCACGGAUUUCUUUCAUCAACUGUACUCGUUGGGACGGAAAGCGCGCACGAUCGACUCCGCCAAGACAGCACUAGUCGCGUACUUCAAGGAGAACAAUGUCGAACCCAACCCUGCCCAAGCAAGUGAGUCGAAGCAGUAUGUUGUCGGUCUGCAAAAGUACAAUCGACAAAACAAUGUAGACGACGAAACAAAAGCCCACCCAUUGACCAUCCACGAGCUGUCAACGCUUAUGAAUGGAUUUGCUUCGCUCAACCCAUUUCUGGGAGCAUUGUAUCGGGUCAUGCUCUCGUGCUGCUACCUUGGUUCUUUUCGCAUGGGCGAAAUGCUUGCGUUGAAGUGGAAUGACGUCGCUCUGGGGAGGAUUGUCGGGUUUAUCAUCUUGUAA